GUCAAUUUUCGUAAGCUGACAGCUUUCCCCAAUCCGCUCUUUGGUUUCACAAGUUAGUACCCAUCCGGCGCCCCAGAUUCCGGGGGCUCGGACGUCGAGGAUGCCACCCAAGAAGCGUAAUAUCGCUGUAAUCGACCUUGUUAGUAGCGAUGACGCUGACGGAUCUACCCAACGACCCAGCAAAAGGCCGGCUGGUAAUCGGUCGGGUUCUAGUCAAGCCAGCGGCAGAGUUCAUGGGAAUGCUCCAUCAAACUCACAACCCCGUUUGAGCUCAGGUGCUCUUGCUACUCACUCAUCGACUCAGUCUGCCGACUACGAUGACGACCUCGUCGACCUGACUCAAGCUCCGGAUGGCCCACCAAGAGAACUUUAUGGGAUUCUCGACAACAAGAUUGUCGGCGUUCGCUAUUACAAUGGAUAUGCCUCGCCAGGCGAAGUGGUCGUAUGCAUGAGAGAACCCAGCAACCAGUACGAUCGCAAUGCCAUCCGAGUAUGUAAUGUCAUGGGCGCCCAGAUCGGCCAUCUUCCACGCAAAGUGGUUGAGAAGCUCGCGCCAUACGUUGAUCGAGAUGAGAUCGCGAUAGAGGCUAUUCUCACAGGAGAGAAGGGCAUGUUUGACUGUCCCGUUCGUCUACAGCUCUAUGGUUCAAGCAACCCAGUUGACCGCGCGGCGUUAGAGGACAAGCUGAAGAAGGACAAACUGCUGAAAGCUAGGGAACUUAAACAGACCAGAGCUGAGGCCGAAGCGCAGAGAAAGAUGCUGGGCAUCAAGGGCAGCCAGUCCACAAUUGGUUUGAACCCUGCUGAACCAGAGGUGUCCCUAGAGGACCUGGCACAGGCCAGUCAGGCAAUUUCAAGCCGUCCGCGCGGUGAUGCCGUCAAGUCACUGGUCAUGGACGAGGAUUUCUUAUCCAAGAUGCCGAUGGCAGAGCAGCCCGACGUUCUGGAGUCAACACUGCUGCCAUACCAAUUACAGGGUUUGGCGUGGAUGACGUCUAAAGAGAGCCCCCAGAUGCCUCCUAAGGGCUCUGGGGAGAGUGUCCAACUGUGGAAAUGGCACCCGAACGGCCGUAAUUUGUACCACAACAUGGCCACGAACUUCGUGGUACAGAGUGCACCCAAGCUCCUUUCAGGUGGCAUACUAGCGGAUGACAUGGGUCUUGGCAAGACUUUACAAGUCAUCAGCUUGAUCUUGACCGGAGGGGCCGGUCCAACGCUCAUCGUUGCUCCGUUGAGUGUCAUGAGCAACUGGGAUCAACAGAUCCGCAGGCAUGUCAAAAAAGAGCACCUACCCAAGAUAUUUACCUAUCACGGAAACAACAAGGCCACCAAGAAUGAGCUGGCCAAAUACCAGGUGGUCAUCACCAGCUACAACAAGCUUGCGCAGGAGGGAGGCCAGGAAAAGGCCACCACACCUUUGCCACCCCUUAUGGCCACGGAUUGGAGACGCGUCGUUCUUGAUGAAGGCCACACGAUUCGGAAUGCGAAGACCAAGGCUGCCAUAGCUUGCCGAAAGCUCAACGCUAGGUCCAGAUGGGUCCUCACAGGAACUCCAAUCAUCAAUAAUAUCAAGGACUUCCAGUCCUUGCUUCAAUUCCUUGGCAUCAAUGGAGGCGUCGAGCAACCUGCCAUUUUCACCAGCGUUAUCGCUCGGCCCCUUGCCCAAGGGAACGAGACGGCGGAGACUCUUCUACAGCUGUUGAUGCGAGAUCUCUGCCUGCGACGCAAGAAAGACAUGAAGUUCGUUGACUUGAAGCUUCCGCCCAAGACGGAAUACGUCCACCGCAUUGCCUUCAGACCAGACGAGAAGAGCAAGUACGAAGCAUUGCUGUCCGAAGCACAAACUGCACUUGAGAAUUUCCAGAACAACACUGGCGGGAAGGGCCAGUUUCAAAAUGUCCUCGAGCGCCUUCUUCGCCUGCGUCAGGUAUGCAACCACUGGACGCUCUGCCGCAAGAGGAUCGCCGAUCUUCUCAAGGUCCUUGAUGGCCAAUCUGUUGUUGUUCUCAACUCGGAAAACACCAAGAUCCUCCAAGAGGCUCUGCGUCUUUUUAUCGAAACCCAAGAAGACUGUGCCGUUUGUCUUGACACUCUGAGCAGCCCUGUCAUCACGCAUUGCAAGCACGUCUUCUGCCGCGGCUGUAUUUCCAAAGUCAUUCAGACACAGGGCAAGUGUCCCAUGUGUCGUAAUAAGCUCGACGAAGACGCGCUUCUCGAGCCCGCCCAGGAGGGCGGUGAAGAGGAAGACGAGAACUUUGACGCCGACGCGAAGAGUUCCAAAACUGAGGCUCUCCUCAAGAUUUUACAGGCUACAACAAAAGACCCAGACUCCAAGGUCAUCAUCUUCUCACAAUGGACGUCGUUCUUGACUAUCAUUCAGAACCAACUUGUCGAGGCUGGCUACAAGUUCACCCGCAUCGACGGCUCCAUGACGGCGCCGAAACGGGACGCUGCUAUCCACGCCCUGGACCACGACCCGGAGACGCGCGUGAUGCUUGCAAGUUUGACCGUCUGCAGUGUCGGUCUCAAUCUCGUAUCAGCGGAUACGGUGAUUCUUGCAGACAGCUGGUGGGCGCCGGCCAUCGAGGACCAGGCAGUGGACCGUGUGCACCGCCUGGGCCAGAAGAGACCUACGACUGUGUGGCGUCUUGUCAUGGAGGGGACUGUUGAGGAGCGCGUGCUUGAUAUUCAGCUAGAGAAGCGGACACUGGUAGGCAAGGCGUUCCAGGAGAAGAACAAGGGGAAGAAGACCCAGGAGACUCGCAUGGCGGAUCUGAAGAAACUUCUUGGUUGAAGGGCGCUUGAGGAGGUCGCUUGAGGAGGUCGCUUUGCUGAUAGAGUCAGAAUGCUGGCUGGUUUAAAAGUUCGAUGUGCGGCAAGGAAUUGCUAACCAACAUCGUGUAUCCUUAUCUGUAUUUUCUGUCAAGAGCUAGAAGGGGCUUAAGUCAUCGUUAGAGGCGACUCAAAGUCGCAUAUACCUACCUGUAUUACGGCGAGAUAUAGUCCGUUCACCAACCCAAGAACCCUAGAGAAAGAAAGUGUUGUCCUACUA